AUGACGGAAGCAUUGUCACCGGCAAUUAGUAUAUCGGCUGGUUCGAAACCACACAUCUUAGUGUUUCCGUUCCCAGCACAAGGCCACUUGCUUCCGCUUCUCGACUUGACCCACCAACUUUGCCUCCGUGGCGUCACCGUCUCCAUCGUCGUCACUCCCGGAAACCUAACCUACCUCUCUCCUCUUAUCUCCGCCCAUCCCUCCUCCGUCUCCGCCGUCGUUUUCCCUUUCCCUCCCCAUCCUUCACUCCCUGCCGGCGUCGAAAACGUUAAAGAUGUCGGGAAUUCCGGAAAUCUCCCAAUUAUGGCCUCUCUUCGUCAGCUUCGAGAUCCAAUCAUCCAGUGGUUCCGAACUCAUCCAAAUCCUCCGACCGCUCUCAUCUCCGACUUCUUCCUUGGGUGGACUCACGACCUCUGCAAUCAGAUCGAUAUUCCUGGAUUCGCUUUCUUCUCCAUCAGCGCCUUCCUAGUUUCCGUUCUCCAAUUCUGCUUCGAAAACAUCGAUCGGAUCAAAUCGACGGAUCCGAUCCAUCUCCUGGAUCUUCCUCGUUCUCCGAUCUUCAAGGAAGAGCAUCUCCCGUCUGUGCUCCGACGAUGCCUCCAAACUCCGACGCCGGAUCUCGAAACAAUCAAAGACUUCUCCAUGAAUCUUCUGAGCCACGGAUGCAUUUUCAAUUCGGCAGAGUGUCUAGAGCCUGACUAUCUCGAGUACGUGAAACAGAGGAUGGGUCAUGAUCGCUUUUUCACAAUCGGACCGCUGUGUUCGAUCGGGUCGGGUCUCAAAUCCGACUCGGGUUCUAUAGACCCGAAUCUGCUGAGUUGGCUCGACAGAUCCCCAGACGGGUCAGUCCUCUACCUUUGUUUCGGAAGUCAAAAAGCAAUGACUAAAGACCAGUGCGACGCUCUGGCUCUAGGCCUCGAGAAAAGCAUGACCCGGUUCAUUUGGGUGGCUAAAAAAGAUCCGAUACCCGACGGGUUCGAGGAUCGGGUAUCCGGUCGCGGAAUAGUGGUCCGAGGAUGGGUCCCACAGUUGGCAGUAUUGCGACACGUGGCGGUGGGUGGAUUUUUGAGCCAUUGUGGGUGGAACUCAGUGCUUGAAGGGAUAACGAGUGGGGCCGUGAUAUUGGGCUGGCCCAUGGAAGCGGACCAGUUUGUGAACGCGAGGUUACUUGUGGAGCAUUUGGGUGCGGCGGUUCGGGUUUGCGAAGGGGCUGAUACUGUACCCGACCCGGAUGAGUUGUGUCGGGUCAUUGCGGAAACGAUGGUCGAGGGAGGAGGUGGGGUGGCUGCUCGAGCGGAGGAGAUACGGAGGAAGACCGGAGAGGUGACGGACGCAAAUGGAAGCUCUAUUGCUGAUUUACAAAGACUUGUCAAAGAAUUUGGAAGACUCAACUAA